AUGGUCACGGAAAAUGAUGAACACGUUCUGAUUUAUCCGUUCAUUGACGACAACUCGUCUUCCACUCAUAAUAACUCUACCAGAGCGCACAUCAUUCACCAGAGACGCUUCAAACGGGACGAUCUCGGCGAAGAAGUAAAUUUUGCCGUUGAGGAGCAUACGGUGUGUUUACAUGAGUUAUACCCGAACUCGCUGGACUUAAGUUGGCCUCCCCAGAACUCCUCUCCGUUUAGCCAUGUGGCGACGUUGCCAACAGAAGUUCCUGACCACAUUCGCAAAGCUGACAAUAUCUGCCAUCGCGACGAUGGUCCAGAGAAAGGCGACGGAACAUGAGAAAUUUUGUUUACAGGUAAAGAAAACAUCAAUGACAGUAACGUCGAAUUUGGCCAUGACGAGUCAGUGACGCACGUGCGCAGGUCGACAACGCGGUACGAAUACCUCGCAGCAACGAGAGGAAAGCUGACGGUCGAGACUGCCGUUUUCGUCGACGAUGAACUCUGGCGAUAUUUUCUAAAGCUUUACGGCCGCAAGGCAGAAAGAGAGUUGCUCAACUUUGUUCUAGCAGUUAUUCAUAAU